AUAUCUCCAUCCCUGAAAGGUCCAAGCUUAAGUUUGUUGAAAGGGUCCCACUUGUACCAAAAGUAAGAAGAGAACCUAAAAAUUUGAAGGACAUACGAGGACCUUCAACUGAAGCCACUGAAUUCACAGAAGGCAAUUUUGCAGUUUUGGCACUGGGAGGUGGUUACCUCCACUGGGGUCAUUUUGAAAUGAUGCGCCUGACAAUCAACCGCUCUAUGGAUCCCAAGAACAUGUUUGCCAAGUGGCGAGUACCGGCCCCUUUCAAGCCCGUCACUCGAAAAGGUGUCGGGCAGCGCAUGGGGGGCGGUAAAGGUGCCAUUGAUCACUACGUGACACCUGUGAAGACUGGCACUCUCAUAGUAGAGUUAGGUGGACGCUGUGAAUUUAAAGAGGUACAGGGUUUCCUGGACCUAGUUGCCCACAAACUGCCCUUUCCAGCAAAGGCUGUAAGCCGUGAGACUCUAGAAAAGAUGCGCCAAAAUCAAAAAGAAAGAGAAAAUAACAACCAAAAUCCCUGGACCUUUGAGCGCAUAGCCACGGCCAACAUGCUUGGCAUACGGAAAUUCCUGAGCCCAUAUGACUUGACACAGAAAGGGCAGUAUUGGGGCAAAUUCUUCCUGCCUAAGCGUGUGUAGUCAAAGCGCAGGAACCCACGUGCACACAGACCCUUGAGACUGAGUCUGCAUCUUCACUGUCUUUAGGAUCUUUGGUGGUUCUUGGACCAUAGCUAAGCACAUGAGUAAAUGACUUCUGAAAAGUUAUGUCAUCUGAUUGUUCCUAAUUAAACUCUGAGUGUAACCUCAAGGUACAACUUCUCAUUGGUCAGUUUCAGUUGCUCAAAAGAUUAAGAAUGAUUUGGCAUAGCCAGCUGUGGUGGAGCAUGUCAUUAAUCCCAGCACUCAGGAGUCAAAGGCAGGCAGAUCUCAAUUAAGUUCAAGGCCAGCCAUGGCUACAAGCAAGAUCGUGUCACAAAAAAAGGAGGAGGGGGGGCUGGUAGAACUCUUAGUUCCUGCCUUGUACCAUACAUAUCUCCAGGGCUGAAACUUGUUUUUGCAUCUCACAGCUGGAAUCUUAAAUGUGCACACUGCCUUGUUUAUGACAUUUUGCUGACUGCAAAUGCAUUUUUUUCGAAUAAGGAUAAAAAUGACAGUACCUAGAUUAGUAGGUUCAACACAUAUUUAUUAACACCCAGCUGCCCAUCUUCUUGUCAGUUUCAGAAGGGGAAACAUGAAAUAUGACAAGGAAUGUACCAUUUAGCAAAAGAACUGAUAACAAAAGUUGAAACCUUUUGUGCUUCCUAGGUCUGAAACUAUCUAAGGAAGGGCAUUUUGGCUCUCUGUGUCCCUUCAGCAUCUAAGGUAUGUGGAGCGCACAAAUUACUGCUGGAUAAAUGAGGGUCCCGAGUGAUGCAAACUUCAUGGUUCGAGCUCCAUUUGUCCGUACAAGAUUAGUCUUUUGCUGAGCUAGCCAGUAUCCCCUAUUCAAACUAAAGGAAACAUGAGUUGAUAGUAGUACUAAACCACUUCUUUUGAAGGUGGAUAGAAAACAUCGCACUGACAAAACAUUGUUUUUCCAUCCAGUUUCUUAAAAAGUAAGAUCUCCAACAAAGAACACAAGUAUUUCACUCAUUUUCAAAAGGAUAUUUUUAGCCCCAGAUUUUAAAUGUAUCUUAAUGAGUGCCUUCAAUGUAAUAAUCUCUAAAUAAAUUAUUUUUUAAAUGGAAA